AUUGUUUAGAACACAGUUUGUCACUUCCGGUUACCUGACAGUUUACUGUUCAGACUGGAACUGCAGUGAAUCUUAACUGGACCGAUGGCCCGCUAUGCUGUGUCUUGGUGGGAUGUCGUACUGUACGUUGGCCUCGCUGUCUUCUCCUGGUACAUGUACAGAAUCCUCGUCAAGCCCCUCCUGUCCCCUCUGAGGAAGAUCCCAGGAACACCCUAUGUGCCGUUCUUUGGUAACAUGCUGGAAGCCCGCCGAUACGAGGCCAUGACCAACUGCAUAAGAUGGAUGACAAAGUUGGACUCAAAGAUAAUCAGAUUUUAUUUCUUUGGGGGAGAAGAGCGAGUUUUGGUGGCGGACCCGGACAUUUUCCAGCAUGUUCUCAUCACCAACAGUAAAAACUACGAUAGAGUGGGAGAUUUGUCACGUGGACCACUCGGGAAGUUGCUACCCAAUCCGCUGUUUGUAUUGAGCGGAGAACAUCACCAUAUUGUGAGAAAGAUUUGUAAUCCUGGAUUCUCAAUCAGACUCAUACAUGGAAUGGUGCCGACAUUCCAGGAGAGAGCAGAAGCUUUGAUUCAUCUUUGGACACAAGGACUGCAGACUCAGGACAACAAAAUGUUUGGCGAUGUGAACGCACAAACAGACCUGGCCAAGCUUACGAGUGACGUCAUUUGUAAGUGUGGUUUUGGAUACGACAUGCAUACCAUUGAAAAUCCGGACUCGCCCCUUGUGCAACCUUUACAACGACUGAAUGCCAACUCUCCUACAAGUUUUUUAGAUCUUCUGCCGUUUAGCCGGUGGUAUCCGACUAAGAGAAACCGUCAGGUAUGGGAGGAUUCUAAACUUAUAUUUCAACUAGCAGACAAGAUAUUACAUCAAAAGAAACAGACGUUGGGUACAAAAGAUUGUGGGCAGGACCUGCUGACGUCGCUAUUGGUUGCAAGGGACCAGGAGGGCGGAGCUAUGUCAGACAAGGACCUUUUUGGAGAAGUGAUAGGAUUCUUUUUUGCUGGAUUUGAGACGAGUGACGUCAUUUGUAAGUGUGGUUUUGGAUACGACAUGCAUACCAUUGAAAAUCCGGACUCGCCCCUUGUGCAACCUUUACAACGACUGAAUGCCAACUCUCCUACAAGUUUUUUAGAUCUUCUGCCGUUUAGCCGGUGGUAUCCGACUAAGAGAAACCGUCAGGUAUGGGAGGAUUCUAAACUUAUAUUUCAACUAGCAGACAAGAUAUUACAUCAAAAGAAACAGACGUUGGGUACAAAAGAUUGUGGGCAGGACCUGCUGACGUCGCUAUUGGUUGCAAGGGACCAGGAGGGCGGAGCUAUGUCAGACAAGGACCUUUUUGGAGAAGUGAUAGGAUUCUUUUUUGCUGGAUUUGAGCUCAAAUACCUCACCUGUGUCAUCAAGGAAACACUCAGGUUGUUUCCACCCAUUGUCACACUCUUCCGUACAGCUAAGAAAGAUGACACCCUGAAAGGUUAUCAUAUCCCUGCGGGUACGAAAAUUGGACUUCAUAAUGGAGCUCUUCAUCGUUUGAACUGGGAAGAUCCCGACUCAUUUAAGCCCGAGCGCUUUAUGGAGCAUAUUGACAACGAAUCCAGGAAAUUCUUGCCGUUUGGUAUUGGACCAUACAUGUGCAUUGGUUACAAGUUUUCCUUCAUGGAGAUGAAAACAGUGCUGGCCUGCCUUAUUCACGAGUUCGACUUUAAACUGUCUCCCGGUUACUCUUACAAACGGCAGCAGUCUUUAGUGUUGAAACCAUUUCCACGGGCAAGACUCCGAGUGACAAAGAUUUCAGGCCAAGCAUCUGAGUGAUAAAGAUUUCAGGACAAGACUUUGAGUGACAUAAUUAUCAGGCCAAGCGUUUGAGUGACAAAGUUUUCAGGCCAAGCCAGUCAUAGCCCCAACAUGACAGUAGAAUGGCGUGUUUGAUUUGCAAUGGACUAUCCUCUUCGGAAGCUGUGACGUCAUAUUUGUUGUUCCCCUGACGUCAUUGUAUUGUUUCUUUCCACAUGCCAUCAUCCAUACCCUAAGGGGUGACAAAUAAAUUUGGAUCGAUAAAAGGGGAGACAAUUCAGGGAAAGUUGGGAGAUAUGUUUUUUCCAACUUGAUAAUGCCUUCUUUUCAUUGACGGUACCUAACCCAGGUAUUUUUAUUUUUCUCUUCUCUGAUUUUGCAAAAUGAUGAGUUACAGUAAUGCAAAUAUUAUAUCAGAAGUAUAAAAACUAAUCUUUGUAUAUCGUGUUUAGCUGAACUCAUUGAAAGAAAUUUAAGGACAUUCGAAAUAUUUAUGAGUGGACCUACAGAGAAUAGAUAUAUGAAAAGUGAUGGACAAAGUUCAUGAAAAUGUUGUGUGAUGUUUUUCUCAAUCAGCCAAAUUGUUGCUCAUCAAAUAUUAUUAUGCUUUGAAUAUUUAUAUCUCAGGUAAUCAGUAUACUUAACAAACAUUUCAUUGUUUUCCAUUUUAUUACAUUGUAUGACCUUUUUUAUACAUACUGAAAUAUAUGGUUUUACAGUGAAAAUAAAGUUAAGGUUUUAUAUUAUGACAAAUAACACACUUCUUGUUUUUAUACAAAUUCAUAUGACACAACUAGGGAAAUGGGUGACAUUUCGAUGACUAAUACCAUAUGUCACCUUCAUCAGACAAAUGGCUGGUAAAGUGUAUGUACAAUAAUAUGUAAAAAAUGGACAGGAUGGCAAUAAAUUCACCAUCGACUUAGCUAUGCUAUAAGCAUAUGCCUACAUAAUUGCUCUAAAUUUAUAAAAUGAUGAUCAAAUUGACAAACCAAUUUGGCUACGCUUUAUCAAAUACCAGGUCAUAGAUGUGUGAGUGUAUGAUCCCCCUUGUCUCGAUUCAAUCUCUAUUUACCUACCUGAAGAAAAGUGGGUUACGUAUGAUAUAUGUAAAUGAUAGCAAGUCAAAUCUGUGACCAACUUCAUAAAGAGACCACCUGUGUUAUUGUAAUGUUCUCCAUUUUUCACUAUUUACAUUCAUCAAAUACAGUCAGACCUGCUUUUAAUGUUCCUCAUGGUAGCAAUUUCAUUGUAAACUGAACCUGUAUUAAGAAACCACCUGUAUAAAGAGACCACCUGUAUAAAGAGACCACCUGUA